GACGCGUGGACGGCGCUGAUGGCGGCCAGAACCUCUUGGGCGUCUUGGUCACACACGGCCAGGCGGAGCACCUCCAGGCCCCGGUACUCCUGCAGCAGCUGUGUGCCGGCACCACUUAGGUGACCCGUGAACAACUGAAGAAACAGUUGGGCAAAAUAGUAAUGUCAGAAGUAAGAGUAAGCUGUGAAGGAAGAACAUCUGUCAUAAAGUGUUACUGGAGGCACGAAAAUGUCAAAGAAGUGCAAAGACAAUUCAGAAGACACUUUGACAGGGAUCCACCAAGGUGACUCGCCAUUGCUCGCAUCACAGCUACAAACAGUUGGGCAAAAUAAUAAUGUCAGAAGUAAGAGUAAGCUGUGAAGGAAGAACAUCUGUCAUAAAGUGUUACUGGAGGCACGAAAAUGUCAAAGAAGUGCAAAGACAAUUCAGAAGACACUUUGACAGGGAUCCACCAAGGCAACCCACACGUGCGUUCAAGUCAGCGACCACUAUGGCACCGUCACAGUCGGUCACCUGCCCCUCCCACAGCAGCGCCGGGUCGUGGUAGGGCGAGUCGACCGGUGGGAUAUACAUGGCGCCAAGCCUCAUCCCAGGGCAGCAGGACAGCUCGACCCAUGUUUGUCCUUCUGCUGCAAUGUUGGCACAUGUGAUAUAUGGCACCAACGCACACUUCACCAACAUCAUAAUUCCUCCUCUCCGACUAUUUUGUUUACUUUUAUUCAUAUAUAAAUCAAAACCAAGCAAGCUACUAAUUAACGUUACUUAAUUUCAGUGAUCCAUAUCAUGUCAAAUUCUAAAGCAACAUUUAUCACUUCAGGGCUUUGGAGCUUAUUUUUCACACCACAGAUAUUACAAGCACAUAUUUUCAAUUGUCCAUUCCAAUUCUUUCCAUGCCAAAAUUUGGGAAAUACCUAUCAGUCACAACACAACACGCAGCAAUACUCGCCGCCGCCAGUCAUACGUAAUUUCCACUCCCUGGUUGUCUGGUUUCUGCUUCUCAUUUUCUCGGGUCCUCAGUCUUGUCGUUUCUCUCCUCGCCGCCGGAUGAGCGUCCUUCUUCACGCAAAUCCGUUGAAAGUUUCUUCCUGUAUCCUUCAGGUUCUUCGCCACUCGCAAGAUGUCGCUCCGUUGAUCUUGACUCUGCAGCGUCUCAUGAAUAGGGCGACUCCUCCGUGCGUCAGGCUGUCCAAGUCGUAUUGUUGACCAUACAUCGGUGGGUAUCGGUCCGGCGUAACCCGCGGCUUCCAGCACUGUCUUGAUCUUCUCUCCUUCUGUCGUUCCCAGGCCGUCGUCAUCCUCCGAGACCCCAGUUAUAACCAAGUUCCGCACCCUUUCUUUGGGGCCAAGGGAUUCUAUGAACCGGUUUUGCUGGUGGAUAAUCAUGUAGGCUUCAUCGAGUGUUGUAUUCAGUGAUUCUAUUUCUUUCUUCAUCUCCUUCACAGCUGCCAAAUCUUCUGGAAUAUUUCUUAUUUCUUCGAGUAAUUCAGAGCUCGGUGGCUGCUCUUCAUGAGGCUGAUGUGCAACAGUUGUUCUCAGUGCACAUUUUAGCUGCGCCGCUGUCAGUUUAUUGAUCUCCGUAGCAGACAAUGCCUUCACUGUGUUUACAUUGUCAUAACUAGCCAUCUUGGACAAACAAACAAGUAUCCUGUUAAGUCUUUGCACCCCGUUUUCUUCAGUGGCUUGGCGUCGCCGUUACCAUGGCAACGGUUUUCACAGCGGUGCAGAGGGGAUGGGACCGGUGUUGAUUGGCCACAUUAUAUUCUAGCUUCUAACUACCGGCUAGCUUUCUUCAGUGGGCUACAAGUAACUGCGUCUUGGCUGCACUCUACCCUCGAGCAGCUCCUUAGGCAAUAUAUUGCCUGAUCUAAGCCUGCAUGGCAGCAGAAUCUUGGCAAAACUUGGAGCUCUAUCCAGGUCUGUUUGUUGAUGUUUGCAGCGCCAUCUACACUGUGCCUUAAGACUUUGAAACUAUUUCGGAACCACACGAUGCAGGACUACCAGCUCUGCCAUCACCUCAGGACAGGACGCAGGAAGGGGGGGAAGGGCGGAGUGGCCGUUUUCUCCCAAUCUACCCUCAGCCCCUCACACCUGCCUGUCAACAUUCCUGCCGGAGUAGAGGCCCUGUGGGUGAGAGUUACGCCCCCCUGCCAUCUCAGCAACACGGCCUCCAUCAUCGUGUGCGUCGUGUACCACCCCCCACGAGCCACCACAGCACAGUUACUCACCACUCACAUCAGUGACACUGCUGAGGCCCUAAGUGUGAGGUAUCCUGUUGCCAAGCUGGUCAUCUGUGGGGACUUUAACGGAUUGUAUAUCAGCGAUAUCCUACACCAGCUACACCUCACCCAGAUCGUGGACUUCCCUACCACCCAGCAAGCCACCCUCGACCUUAUACUGACAGACCUAUUGCAGCAGUACUCGCCCUUCAAGCCGCUCCCUCCAAUGGGUGGAGCACCCACCUCUCCAUACUGUGGACACCCACAGGACCCACCGCCUCAUGUCUGACUCAGCCAUGAGGGAGGUUGGGCAGUGGGUGACACAACACCCGUGGACCGAGGUGCUGGAUGUGGAGGACAUCCACUCAAAAUGGCACAAUUACGUCGCCACCACCACAGAAGCCUUCCACCGCAACUUCCCAGCCGAGAGCGUCACAGUGCACACAUCUGAUGCCCCCUGGAUGACGCCCCGCAUUAAAAGACUCAUGCAUCAGCGGACGUGGUCGUUCCACUCCUGCCCGGACCUAUACAGGAAGCUAAGAAACAGAGGGAUCAGGGAGAUUAAGGCUGCCAAGUCAAGCUAUUACCCGGACAAGA